AUGAGCAACGUACGAUUGUCACAGGCCAGCAUGCUGGUGAACAUGCAGUCCAAUGCUUUCAAAUACAUCCAGCUCCCGGCCAACUUCGGCCAACAUUCGUGGGAGGAAAUCCACACCCGUUACGAACAAUCUAUUUUGGAUCUUCCACCCUCACUCGUCAACCAAGUCAGCGUCGGAGAAUUCAGCCAGGUUAACCCUCCAAUGACGGAUCCCCUCCCUGCCCGACCUAUCAUUUCUAACACUGUGCAGGAUGAGGUCCACAACAUACAAAACCUCUUGCACGAGGCGCUGGGCGGGUUCGACACUGAAGAAAUAGACCCUUGCCACGCCGCGGGGCUUAAUCUCUCUCUCUCGGAUCCGUCACGGGAGCUGAACCCCUUGGCUGCGUACUUGCUUCGGGCGCUUAUCCGCAUGCGCAUGUCAGAUGUCGAGUAUAACCUCGUUUCAAAGGACAUUGAGCAAAUGCUGGAGGCGGCUGCACGUAUCCACAGGGGCCUCCUGGCUCCAGCUGUGCUGGACGUCACGUCAGCCAUAGUCUUGCACGAGAAACUGGAGCUGGGCCGCGUUUGA